GCGGACCGACGCUGGAGAGGGCGGCCGGCGGCGGCGGCGGCGGAGACAUCACCAGCAAGAUGCCGGACGUGAAGGACAGCGCGCCCCCGAAGAACGCCGGCGCCGAGAGCGGCUCGCGGGAGCCGAAAAAGCCCGGGCCGCCCCGGAAGGAGGACAGCGGUCCCCAGGACCCCGCCUCACGUGUGACAGAAACUGAAGCUUCCAAGACUAACACCAAGGUUGGGACAAAUCAUGACACCCACACAGAGGAGAAGACUUUACCUCCCAGCAGGUCUUCAGAAGAGGAAGCAAAAGAUGCAGCCUUUUCAAGACUCAGACCAAUCGUAAAGAUAGGCAAAAAGAAAGAAGAGCUUAGACAACGCAACAGUCGUCUGGAAAGUAAGGUCAAGGAGACAAUGCACAAUGACUUUUGGGACCAUCUUAAAGAGCAGCUAUCAGCUACUCCUCCUGACUUCAGUUGUGCUCUUGAACUUCUGAAAGAAAUUAGAGAGAUCUUGUUAUCGCUGCUAUUACCACGCCAAAACCGCCUAAGAACUGAGAUCGAAGAGGCUUUGGAUAUGAAUUUCCUCCAGCAGGAAGCCGAUCGUGGAGCCUUGAAUAUCUCUUACCUUUCUAAGUACAUUCUCAACGUAAUGACUUUGUUGUGUGCACCAGUUCGAGAUGAAGCGGUGCAAAAACUUGAGAACAUUACAGACCCUGUUCGGCUGUUGAGGGGGAUAUUCCAAGUUCUGGGCCUGAUGAAAAUGGACAUGGUGAACUACACUAUCCAGAGCCUCCAGCCCCAGCCCCAGGAGCAUUCCAUCCAGUACGAGCGCGCCGUGUUCCAGGAGCUCCUCAACGAGCAGCCUAGCCUCCUCAAUCACACCACCAAAUGGUUGACCCAGGCGGCAGCCGACCUCACCGCGCCACCACCAGCCUGUCCUGACGCCUCCGACUCCUCCAGUGCGGCCGGCCCCUCUCCCAACGAGGGAGCCGCCAACCAAGAGCCUCUCAACCCCGCCAUGGUGUUGUCCCAGGGCUUCUUGAACCUCCUUCUCUGGGACCCUGAAAAUGAAGAGUUCCCCGAGACCCUACUGACAGACAGAGCCCGGCUGCAGGAGCUCGAGUCUCAGUUGCACCAGUUAACCAUCCUGGCCUCGGUCCUGCUAGUGGCCAGUAGUUUCUCUGGAAGUGUCUUGUUUGGCUCACCCCAGUUUGUGGAUAAACUGAAACGCAUCACCAAGUCCCUCUUGGAGGAAUUUAAUUCCAAGCCUGAGGAGGCGAUGCAGAGUGUGAGCGAACAGGUGUCCCAGGAGAUCCACCAAAGCCUCAAGACCAUGGGUCUUGCUGCUCUGAGCAGCGACAACACGACAUCUCUGAUAGGACAGCUCCAGAACAUCGCCAAGAAGGAGAACUGUGUCCGUAGCGUCAUUGAUCAGCGGAUCCAUUUGUUUCUCAAAUGCUGUUUGGUUCUUGGUGUGCAGAGAUCUCUGUUAGACCUUCCGGGAGGCCUUUCUCUCAUUGAGGCGGAACUGGCAGAGCUGGGCCAGAAGUUUGUCAGCCUCACACAUCACAAUCAGCAGGUGUUUGGUCCCUACUACACUGACAUCAUAAAGAAACUCAUCUCCCCAUCCCAGGCUGUGAAAACCAAGGUGGAGUCUCUCUGACAGCACUGGCUCAGAGCUCCAGGAGAAAAAGCCCAUCAUCUUCCUGGGGUAACAUUGCUGGUGACCAGCAGAGUAGUAAUCCUCCCACCUGCCCCUACCAGCCAGCACACCAGGGCUGUAGGAACAAAGCAUAUGAACUGAACAGUUGGCACAAAUCUACUCCCUAAUAAACUUCUGAACUGCAAGCAACAUCCACUCUCAGUGUGCUGCAGCUGAGCCAGCUAAGAAACCAACAAGCCCCCUCUGGCCGUGCGCACGCAGCGAUGACAGCCAACACCCCGGCGCCAGGGCUGGGUUUCCAAGGGUAAAGCAUUGCUCUGAGUGGUCUGAGAACUUGGCAGAGGUGUCUAACGUGAGUGCAGGGCUUCUCCGCAAGCCUUUUGCUUGCUGUCCAGUUAUCUUAGGAGAGGUCAUGGUUACCAGGUUCAUUUCCAGGACUGGAUCCCCUGAGGUUUCCGAUGCUACAUAAAAGAAUAGUUAGAACUUGAGUGUCGUCUUUGGUCCAAAGUAGUGUGGAGCCAGCAGGCAGGAGGGAGACAGAGGUAAGCAGCCAUUCUGUUCUGUUGAGGACAGGUUUCAGUGUUGAUCUCUAAUCUUUAAGUUUAGAGCAACUUGUGGUUCAUGACAGGAGACUGGUUCAUGCCAAAGGGAAAGCAGCCUCUACGCUCCUGCUGCUGCCAGGCAGUGUGCUGGUGAGUGUUCCUUGCCACUGAUGGCAAGUGGGAGUCAUGCUGGGAAGGGCCUGGCCUGGACUCCUCUCUGUACAGUUCCAACCCAAGGCUUUCAGGCUGCCUCACAGACCAGCCCAAUGCAGUAUGGCUUAUGCUAGGAAAGUGUCUGAUCCAGAUCCGGUCCUUUUUUGUAAUGGACAAGAGAAUGUAGAGACUCAUUUACAUAGGUUCUCUUUGCAAGGUAAAGAAAAAUAAUGUCCUCACUGCCUUUAGGAGAUGGAAGUUGCUGAGUCUUAAUACAAUUUAGGAAUGAUGUAAGGAGGGAUUUCCUUAGGCCCAGGCUUUUCUUCUAAUAUCCAUUUUUAAAGGGAAGGUCCUAGACAGGUGGCAGAGCUAGGUCAGUAGACUGUGACCAGCACACUAGAGGGCAUAGAUCAGUGAAAUCUUGUAACUGGACAGUGUGAUGGGGAAGCCCAGAGUAAGUGGUAUGCUAAACAAACAGGUUUGGCUAUGUGGAGCCUCUGAUUUGCUAUUAGUCAUUUGAAUUUUUUGAAAGUCUCAUUUGGAAGCUUCACUGUCUUAGAAGCAAAUGUAUCUCUGUGAAGAUGCCUGUCUGGUGGUGCAGACACGACACUGGUAACAGAACCUUGCUUUGUGCUUCAUAAUUAAAAUCUGGAGUAAUAAACUUA